AAAUUUAGCUCUGUCGGAAUUUUCGUUAUUUGACUACUUAUAGGUAGUGUCUCAUUUGUAAACAUUAAAAUAGAAUAAAAUUUUAAUUAUUGUAUUCAGAAAAAAAAACGAAUAAUCUUAUGCGUUAUUAAAUUAAAUUCGUAGCUCUCAUAUGAAUGAAAAGUACCUGCCCUAAAAUCUAAUUCGCAACAUACAUGCGAAAUUCUAAUCAGUUGUUUAUAGCAGAUAUCAACUGACAUAAAAACUUGGAAAUUGUUGUGAACUUACAUAAUGUACCCUUAACCUUGUGACCUACAAAUCUUAAAAACAUAUUUUAUACCCAACUCUAUUUAUUAUCACAACACAGCUGUAAAAGUUCGGUCUUUCACCAAAAAUGAAGCUCCUCAAACUGUUUCUAGUUGUAUUUUUGCAAAUUUAUGCCGAAGCGACGCCUUCUGUCUUAAUUGUGGGCUCUGGACCUGCUGGUAUAGCAGCAGCAACGAGACUCCUUGAACACAGUUAUAAAAACAUUCGAGUAUUAGAAGCAGAAAACCGAAUCGGUGGUCGAAUUAACAGUGUUUUUUUUGGACAAGCUUUUGUCGAUUUGGGGGCGGAAUCGUGUCAUGGGACCAAAGGUAACAUCGUUUUCGACAUGGUCAAACAUUUGGACGUGUUAAAACACGUUGACGGUCCAAGAAAUGUUUACCAUUCCUCAAGGAAACAAGUAGAUAAGGAAUUUGGGGAUGAACUGUUGAGAAUUAUCGAAUCAAUUUAUGGCCCUGAUGGCCAGAGAGAUGAAGAUGAGGGUACAAGUGUUGGUCAUUAUUGUUUGGACAAAUACAACGCAACCAUCUACGAUAAAUACCAGAAAAAUCCGGAAAAACUGGAAAUCGCAAAAUCGUCAAUUAAUCUCUUCCAUCAUAUUGUAUUAAGCUAUGAAGGCGCUUUUUCGUGGUUUGAGCCUUCGGCCAAGAGUGAUUACAGGGACUGUGAGGGCGACCUCAGCUUAAACUGGAACGGUUUGGGCUACAAGACUGUAUUGGAAGUCAUGAUGAAAAAAUUCCCAAACCCUUCGGAACAACUGCCAUUUGAUGAAACAGUAUUACUAAACAAAGAAGUAAUUAAAGUAUUUUGGAACGAGAGUUCUAGUCAUGAUUCUGUAACAGUUUAUUGUUCAGAUCAUACAAGUUUUACAGCCGAUCAUAUUAUUUUCACCCCUUCUAUUGGAGUGUUGAAAGAGCGUCAUGAAUCAAUGUUUUCGCCUGAAUUACCCGAUGCAAAAAGGGGCGCCAUAAAACACAUCGGUUUUGGGGCCGUUAUGAAAGUUGCGAUGUAUUUCAAACACCGAUGGUGGGAAAACGAGAGGAAUUUUACAGGUUUUCAUUUCGUUUGGAGCCAAGAUGACAAAAGUCGAGUUUUUAAAGAAUUCCCAGAAGGUCCAUUAAAGGAUGGCCAUUCUUGGCUCACUGAAUUCUUUUGCGUCGUCCCAGUAGAUCGAAACCCGAAUGUUCUUGUUGGGUGGCUCACGGGUUCUAUGGUUCCUGAAAUCGAAUUAAUGACCAAUGAGACGUUAAUCAAUGGUUUAGAAUUUGUUCUGAAUAAGUUUUUGGGACAUAAAUAUAAUAUAACCGGCCCAGACUCGAUAAUUCGUACUUAUUGGCACACAAAUCCGCAUUUUAGAGGAAGUUACUCUUAUCAAACUGUCGAAUCUCGGAAAGAUAAAAUUACAGCUCAAAUGGAAUUAGCGAAACCAAUUCUAAAUUUGGAAGGACGUCCUAUUUUACAGUUUGCGGGAGAGGCCUCGCAUCCCUAUUUUUACUCUACUGUGCAUGGGGCUAUCGAGACCGGCUUUAGAGAAGCUGAUCGAAUUAUUAAUUCAUACAAAUAAAUAAUUUAUUGUGCUUUUGCUAAUAAAUAAUGGUUAAAUUCGAA